AGAUCGAUUCGGACCAUCUUGGAAGAUGCAGCGCAAUCAAGGUUGGUGUGCCUAUCGCCUCGCGCGUCUUUGCGGUACACGGCCGAUGCUUGUGUGGGGCAGCGCAUGUGUGACGAAAAGACGGACAUUCUCGUCACCACCGCACCCGCUCUCUACAGCGCUUACAGCUCGUGCCCUGACGAAGGGGCCGUCUAGGCCGCAACAACAAUCGCAGUGCGGCAGAUACACUGCAAUGACGUGCAGUUGGCGAGCAGCAUCUUCCUCUUCCCUCAGGUCUGGUCAAAACAGUAGCGACGGUCAUCGUGACCAGCAAGCCUCUGUCGAUUCACCUUCGCUUUCCAGCGAGCUCACGAACGUGAACGCGCCCUUCUCUCCACCGUUCACCGCAGUCGAUGCGUCCCUGCAACGGCUCGAGAAGGUGCAAGCUGCCGAGAGCAGCAGCAGCAGCAGCAGCAGCAGUCGUGCACCGCGUAAAUCAACGAGGAUGAGCGCCGACGCCAUCGGCAAGAGCAAACACGGCCCCCGCACGGCGAAGGCCCUCAAAGUCAAACCAAAAGCCCCAUGGGGUGUGCAACAGCUUCGCGAUUCGUGGAGCGAGGAUGCCAUGUCAAAGCGUGACCGCGACAACAUGGACGAGCGCAUUCAUCGUGAGUACCGCUACCACCCGGACGAAGUCCGCCGCCACUACAUCCGCUACACCGCCUUCCUUACCGUCCCCUGCAUUCUUCUGGGGAUGUCGUGCACGUACUACUACGAGACCGGUCGCCCGAUCUGGACGGCCGAUCCGCAGCACCUACUCAAUUUGCUGCGCUUCCUGGACACCUCGCCACGGAGUAAGUUGUACGCCUAUAAAACGGAGGAGUCGGAGGUGCUGCCGCCCCAUGUGCUGGCGUACCGCAAAGCGCACGAAGGGGAGCGUGUCUACGCUGAAAAGGUAUUUCGACUCACCCACUCCGCUUUUGAGCGGCCCAGCGAGGAUGUGCUGCGGCGGCUGGAGCUGGAGGAGAAAUUGAAGCAGAUGGAGACGACAGCCGUGGUGGAUGCAGGGACCUUGAUAGACGGGUCCGAGGACGCCGCAUUGGAUGAUGUGUAA